AUGGCGGAAGGUGGUGGUAUCGACGAUGUAGGAUGGUAAAAUCGUCAAAACACUUCUAUUGAAGUGGUUUUAAGCCUUAUGUUUAUCAUCAGCUUUAUUUUGGAUACCUUUUGAAACUUUCUAUUUCCUCCUAUGACUUCUCGCAGGCACACAGAUUUAGUUUUGGCACUGUCAAAACAAAAGGACAUCGACAGAUUGCGUGAGCUGUGUCGAGGAAGGAAGAUUCCAGCAGAAAAUAGAGCGGACGUAUGGAAGGUACAAGUUAAUUGAACUCCAAUACGACUAUCCUUGACAAAUUUUUAGAUAUUGAGAAACAUUUCUUUACUUUUGAAGGUCUGUUUAAACGUAGUGGGUAAACCUGACGCGCUAUCAAGUUGGGAUGGAUUACUGGAUUUAAAUGAACAGGAUGUGAUUCGUGAAGAUUGUCGCAAGCAAGCGAGUGAGUUCACCUUAUCUAUCAUUGAUUGCUCGCAGCUUACUUUACUGUAUAGUAACUGAAAACUUUAAGUGCAGUUUUUUCCUAGCAGUGUAGCAAUAAGUCAUGUCGUUGAGGUAAUAAACAUUGAGGUGUUGACACCAGCAACUCGUUUAAGCUUUCUUAAUGUUCACGUUUUAAAAAACCGAGUCACCGUGAACGUAACUUGUUAAAAUUAGAUACAUGUAAGGGUGCUUUAAUUUCAGAUGUAUUUACUGAUCUUAUGUAGAAACAUAAAAUUGUGCAAGGUCAUUUUGGAGUUAUUGAAUACGGUUUGGUCAUUUAUAAUUUAUGAGGAAAAGUUAAAACUCACUUAUAGGGCUUGUAACUUUUCCAGCGAGGACCUUAGGCACAUUGAUCUCCUUUAUUGAUAUGUUUAUAUUCCAUAACACCAGAAAAUCUACCCACUUUCAUGGCAAAAAUAGGCCAAAUUAUCCUUUCUCUGAACUCUCUUGGGGUCUAGGAAAGUUAUCCCAUUCCUUCCUAUCCAGAAAUGCAAACUGACCCAUGAUGACAAAAAAACUCUUAACCUGUAAAAUCCAGGGUGCCCAGCAUAUGUUUUCUUUGCAAAGACGGGGAUUUUCUGGUUGCCUGGGAGUAAACGUUAGGUGCCAGGGACCUUGGGCACUGCUAGAGCACAGCCUUGGUUAGCGUUAAAUUAAUUUUCAUUAUGCUGUUUGUUGUUUUCAGCUAUACUUCGUCUGCCAGAAGAUGAGGCAGAGGAGGUUGCCAGAGACAUGGAAGGUAUUAUCACCUUCUACUGCAAGUCACGGAAUGAGAAAUAUCAUUCCACUAGUGGGUUAACAGAAGUGCUUGCACCUUUGAUGACCUUAGAUCUACCUAUGAACGAUGUGUACAACUGUUUCUAUGCAAUGCUUUACAAAUACAUACCCAGGUAAAGACUCAGUACAAGGUCCCUGAUAUAUUGAUGAUAUUUUAAGUGGAUGCAGAGAAGUUUCUAUUGAGAUCGAUCCUGGCAGUUUUAGAACAUUUGAACAAUGAGAAACAUUGUUAAUUGUCUUUGUAAAAGGAAUGGAUAAUCUCUUGAACAAACAAGGCACUGAGAAUGGUUGCUUUAGCUAAACAAAAAUUCAAAUGCAAACAAUCAUUUUUUUUCCUGUGCGCUAGCAGGUUAGUGAUUUUGAGAGUCACAGCCUCAUUAAAGUGUUUUGUAGUAUUCCGGUAGCUUUGAUAUCCGGAAAAGGAGGGAGCAAAUAGCUGAAUAUUAUUCCUGCUGAAGUUGGUAAAAUGUCUGGCUGAUGGCUCCUUUUGACUGGGAUGAUUAUGGUAACACAGGUAGUUACUACAGUAACUUUACUAAAAAUUACAAAAAGCAUUUUAAAGGAGGUUCAUGAAUUUUUUUUCAAUGUGCUUUAUUUAUUAAUUGUUUUUGGUAGAGACUGUGUAAGAGAUGGAAAGCCAUUUCACCUCUUCAGACUCUUAUUACAAUACCAUGAUCCAGAGCUAUGCUCAUUCUUGGAAUCCAAGAAGCUUUGGCCUGAUAUGUACUGUCAACGAUGGGUCAGUAUUGAAUGAAAUAGCUAGUAGUAGUAUUCUAUAUACAAUAUCCUUAUAUGACACCACACCUGAUAAUGUAAUGUAGUGUAAUGUAAUGUCAGGGUACAAAGGAAGUGAACAUUGAGUCACAGUAUCAAAGGGGUAUAUUGAUCAAGUUUCUUUUACAAUGUGCAAUCAUUUACAUCAAAUUGUAGCUUUUUUCACACAUGCGUGUACAGAAAAAUACCAGUACAGGUGUACUUGCAACCAACACCAGUUAAACUUCCACGUGAUUCUGUUAUUGUUUAAAAUGAAAUUCAGGUUAAAGUUUUUCAACCCAGUUUGAUUCUCAGUUUCCUUUGUGUCCUAACCCUGUUUAUUCCUGAUGAUCUAAAUAAUUAAUGUCAUCAAUUUCUUUUGUCUCCUAACCCUCAUUAUUCAUAUUCAUGAGUAAUUAGAUCCAAAUUAUUGUAAUUCUUAACUAAUUAGGCUAGGAGACAAAGGAAUUAGAGAAUCAUACAAAUAAACCAUUUUGACUUAAAUUUUAUUUUGAACUACAACAUGCAAAUACAGGUCCCUUUUAGAUACCAGCCUUUGAGAUAUGAAAUAGGCUACCCUGUAUUUAUCAAGUCUACCUGGUUUAUAUCACUGUGUGAUUUUUGUUUUUCAGCUACGUAGCCUUUUUAUGGUUGCAUGUGAACCAGAAGUUCUACGCGUCAUUUGGGAUUUGUACUUGUUGGAAGCAGACCCUUUUUUGGUAUUUUUUCUGAUGCUUGUCAUGGUGGUAAAUAGCAGGUGAGAUGUGAUAAAGUUCAAAAGCUGAGACUUGCAAGGUUUUUUCCCUUAAGGUUAGGGGUUGGUGGGUGGGAACUCCCUUGAUUGUUCCAAACAUGUACUUGAUGCUGUAUGUGGUAUUUCCAGACCUUUGGACUAUUAAGUGAAACUCACAAUUUCACUAUUUUGAGCCUUAAACAGGGUUUCUUUGUGUGUGUAUGUGUGUGUAUGUUUUAAACUAAGUUACUAAAUUCAAUGUAAGAUCAAGUGACCACUGAAGGUCUCUGGUGCAUUGGUGUACAUGUAUUUAUGGUGGAAAACACUCAUUGUGUUCGAGGAAAUUAAAAAAUGUUUUGCUAUUUAUUUUAUAAUUCACUGGUUAAACCAAAACGUAAGUAUUCUUUGUCUUGAAUCGGGUGUGAAAGUAAGCAUGAUCUCCAAAAGAAACCAAUAGGAAAGCCUGGGUUUUUUACAUGGGCGUUUCCUUGAAUGUGAAGUAGAAUCAAGCAAAACAAACUAGAGACCCUUGUUUAUUUGUUUAAUUGAAGGUUCAGCUCAUUCUCAGCUAUUUGGGUUUUCAGGACCAAAUAUUGUCACAUACAUAGUUUGCUUGCUGCCGUUCAAUUAUUGGAUGAAGCUACAUGUAGUUAUAAUCUGAGGAAUUAUGCAGAUUGAAGAGGGUGUUAUGGCUAUAGUGUAUGACAGCCUCCAAGAUCUGUACAAUUCUUCAAAUCAUAUGAAAGACAACAUUCCAAACAUUCCAAAGAAUUCUUCUUGCUACAUAUAUAUAGCUUUUUGUGAUUUCUGUUAUAAAAGCUCUACAGUAAAAAUUCUCAUCAAAAUAAAAAAAAAUCAUAGUUAAAAGUACUUACAAAGUCUCUUUUUCAAUGUCCUUUUUUAAAAAAAUUGCUUUUUAGAGAUAUGCUGUUUGAGAUGAUACAUGAAAGCAAAACAGAAUUAUUAGGUAAGUUGUGAACAAGGUAUGAUUAUUUUUUUUGAUCAAUUAUAAUAAGGAAUACUCUAGGUUAUGAUAUAAUUCAUCAAUUCUGUUAGAAAUUAUGGAAGAAUAUUUAUAGGAGAAAGCUAUUGUUUAUAUUGAGGAAGAAGUCACAAGACUGUUUAUUUUUACUUUUUCUUAAUAUCCGUUGUUAUUGUUGUUGUUUUUACUAAGUCCAUACACAGGGGUGUGGAGGAUUUUAAUGUGCUGAGAAUGCCACACACACUAGUCACAUGAAUGAAUACUCUUUUAAGGGAGAAGACACACAUUUUAUCUUCAUGUACUAACACAAAACUCAACACAAACAUAUUCACUAGCAUAUACACUGUACCACACAAAUUGGAACGAGAAUCUAGGACUUUAUCAGAGCUUACCCCUUCAGAUUUCUUGGGCUGCAGUUCAAUAAACGGAUUCCAGUAGAACCUCAUGCUCACAUUAUUGGAAUUUCUAUUCCCCGGAUCCACUCCUGAGUUUAGGAUCUUGUUGGUGUCAAUAGCUUAACAACACUUUGUUCUGUUUUUCUGCUGUUUAAGAAACAAUUUCUUCAGCUCUUUUACAACUGGAGGAAGAUGACAUUGAGGACUUCUAUUCAUUAGCUCAAUAUUAUGCUUCCAGGACACCACAAUCUUUUAGAAAGGUAUCAUGAUCAUGGUGUCUGACUAUCGUAGAGAUCCAUAUACAGAGAAAUUAUAAGGGUAGUUAAAAUAUUUGAAUGAAAGUGGUAUUUACUUCAGCUUGGUUGCACUCUUUACAGAAGUAUACUACCAUUUGUUGCAUAUUGACGACUUUUUUGCAUACCUCCUUCUUGGGAUGUCAAAGUUUUGGUCAAGUGCAGUACAAAUACAGGCUAACUUUUAAUCGUGAUCUAUCACAUACAGUAUCAGUCACAGCAGAAAGAUAACAGAUAGCAUCAAGAAACGAUAAAUUGCUAAUAAACAUUGUUGCUAUUUUUCCAAAAACCAAAAAUGGUUAUUAUAGAAUGUUUAUAGAAUAGUCUGUUUGUAUUUUUUUAUUUACAGUGUAUGUGCUUACAAAAGCAUAAUUGUCAUAAACUUGAUACUUAACUUCAUAGACUUACUGUUAUUUGUGAAGAUGAAUGAUACUAGAAUAAGACAGUAAGAAUGUCUUACAACUUUCAGAAGGUUUAUAAUAUUUUUUUCUUAAAAUGAGUAAUUGUAGUUUAUAGCAAAUAUAUUUUUCUGUCUAUUCAGUUGCCUACAAAAAGUGUACUGCAGAAUUUUACAGGUGUAGGUUGCAUAUUGGCACCGAAAGGCCGUCUCCUCCUAAAUACAUUGAAAACACUUUUUAGACUAUCCAGAGCACUUUUAGAUAUCUAGAUAUGCAUUCUAGGCUGCACUAUAAAAUUUGUAUCUGUUUGGUCAUCCAAGGGGAACUUAACUUUUCGAAAUUGCAAGGACUUCAGUAUUAUUUUCCCCAAAAUUUUAGAUGCAAAUUAUUGUUUUAUGAAAGUGAGAAUUUUUCUGAUUCCUCUCUCCAUCACAUUGUUGAAUUCGAAAAUUUUAGGUUUCCUGUUUCUACAAAAAUAGGCAAACCUGGGGAGUGAAAUGUGAAAAAUUAAACGUCAGAAAAUCACAGGGAAUUAAUCAGAUAAGCUUCGAAAAUGGUACAUGAAUGGAGCGGUCAUCUAGAAAUUUUAAGCCCAUCUCAAGCAACAGAAAAUGCUAGGCCAUAUUUGCUUCUUGGAACAGACAUUUUACAGAAAACAGUCGUUGGGUGCCCCUGAUAUUAAGACAGUGUUUUAUCUUUCAGGAUUAUUACAACCAGCUAUUUGGUAUCAAAACAAUCACUUCCAGUAGUAUUUCCCAAGCUCUCUGUUUACCAGUUUCUGUAUCUGAACUGGUUGAAGUCAAUCAGUCUGACAGGGUAAGUUCUAUCUUGGUUUUUUUUGCUAUUACCUUUUGUUUUUGGUGAUUUAAGGUCAUAAUACCACAGUACAAGUGCACAUACCCCAUGCAAAUGCUAAAAUUCUGGCUUAAUGUGCCCUUUUGAAUGAGCUGUGAUGUUAAUGUCAUAAAUAGAGACCUUUAGAUUUGAGGACAAGAACGACUACACUUAUCAGGAUGUUGACUUAAAAUUUUUGCACAUUCUCGUUAAAUAGAUUCCUUGGAAAGCUUCAUUUCACUUUCAUUUACCAGAAAAGUUAGCACUGUUAUCUUUAUUAAAGGAGGCUAAGCCCUCUUCUGAUAGCAUAUUGAUAAAACUUCUAACACUUGAUAACUCAUUUCUGCCACUAUGACACUCUCGCUGAAACACAUAGAAGAAUGAUGAUGGAUAUCAUGGUUUCCUGCCAAAAUGACGAUGGUUCAUGCCCUAGCACUACUUACUUAAGUUAGUAUCGUGCAAAUCUCAUACUUGUAGUUGUUCUUGUCUUAAAUUCCAAAGGUCUCUGAUUCUAAAGGUCGCUAACAUAUUAUUAUGAUUAAAGAUAUAAAUUUGGAAUUUUUUAUUUAUUACUUUAUCCAGAAGGAUGGUGUUCGAUUCUUUGUAGUUGACUGCAGGCCUGCUGAUCAGUACAACAGUGGUCACCUUCCCACCGCUUUUCACUUAGAUGCAAACCUGGUAAGUGCAUUUCUUCCUUUUUCCUUCUAAUAAUAUGGUAGAUAUUGCUUGUUCUUCAAUGAUACAUUGCUUGCUUUUCAUCACAGAUGUUGCAAGCUCCAUCAGAAUUCGCCACUGCUGCCAAUGCAUUGUUUGCCACUCAAAAACAGUCUAUUGAGGCAGGCUCUGCUGCAAGUGGGGAACAUCUCUGUUUUAUGGGCUCUGGUCGGGAAGAAGAAGAUCAGUACGUUCACAUGGUCAUUGCUAACUUUCUUCAGGUAACUAGAAGUGCCAUGCGAAAUAUGGCAUGGCUGUGUUUUAUUUCUUUAAGAUAUUCCAAUAGAAGUUGAUAUUAAUGUUGUUGAGUGGUAUUUUUGUGAAAUCUUUUUGAGGCAGUAAUUCAACUUAUUGUCUUCACAUAGCCUGUGAAAUCUUCUGUCAUUUUUGUGAGGUCUAUACAUCCAAAACAGCCAAGCUGCCAUUCCACUGGCAUUGCAUUACGUCAGUUGUCCAACAGCAAUUUAUUGAACUGUAUAAGAAAAACUUAAGCUAAUCAGAUAUGAAGAAGAUUUUUGAGCGAAUGGUAAUGAAGGGAAUUGUUUGUUCCUAUUCUUGUUUUCAGAAAAAAUCGAAAUAUGUGAGCAUUGCCUGUGGUGGUUACCUAGGUAUGCAACAAAAUAUAUAUUUUAAUAAUAAUUAUUACUGUGAAACUCACAAAACCAUCAACGCCAUAAACAUUAUUUUAUGGAAUGCACUUGUGUUGCACGGAGAAAGCCAAUAAGCUGUUAUAAAACUUAACCGCAAACAGUGACAGUCAUUAGUUUUUGGUUUUGAGGUUUGCGAUUAUUGUGAUUGGUCACUACAAAAUAAAAUGUUCCUGUAAUGUUUCAGGUGGUGACCGUUUUCUGAGUUUGACAAUAAUGGUACUGAUAAAAUGUGAUGUUAAGAUUGUUCAGUGAUGGCUAAGUUGUUGUUGUCUUUUGUAUUUUUAUGGCCUGAAAUCAUCUUGGUCCAUAAAGAUACAAGAAAUACUGACUUCAAUAUUCAUUCAUUUUGACUGAACAAAUUAACUUUGAUAAGGUUUGUCCUUUCUUGUGGGAUGAAGUGUGGAAUCCAGAGCAAACAAAAAGGGCGUGCCAGGUAGUCAAUCAGAACACCAAAUUUGCUUGAUUGUUCACUUCACCUAUUAUACUAGUGAGUGCCUUACAUAGAGAAGGGUCUUUUUUACUCAAUAUUAUUUUUGUGAUGUAUGUACUCAGAUACUCCUCUUUCAAAAUAAUACUCAGUACUUAUUAAUGAAUCUGUGUUUACAAGAUAUUUUUCUCUAUGGUUAAUAGCAGGGUCUUGUCGUAAAUUAUAUAGUUAACAACCGAACCAAUACUUGCCAACAAACCUAAGGCAAAAUUUCUGGCCUUAUUACACCCACUCCUGGUGGAUAUGUGCAUUGGAUGUAUCAGGUAUAUUAUGAGUUUUUCGUAUAUUUUCAGCGUUGCAUGAUCUUUUAUCUGAUGAUUUGUCUUCUGGACUGGCAGACCACACACCCAACACUUGUAUUGUGUGUAAUCCAGAGUGUUUUUCAGAAGGCGAGGUUAGUGUAAAUUCUAAUCAGUUCCAUACAACGAAUAUGUCAUCUCUGCAAACCUUUGUCACCAGAAUAAAGUAUGAAAGUUCUAUAAUAGAGGAGUAUCUUUUUUGUUUAUCAUUGGGAAGAAAAAGAAGACAUUCAGAGUGAAAAAAUUUAAAUUCUAACGACUCCUGAUUUGACUCCUGUGCCACCCACUUAAUUUGAAAGUAACUGGUAUUUUAUCAAGCAGACUGACCAGAUUGGAUUCCCCUUUAUCUCCAGAGCUUUCAUGAGCUUUCCAGAGGAGAAGAGAGUCCUGGGGAAUAUAGAGUAAGUGCUUUAAUUCAAAAUAUACUAGUAAUAAUUAGAUAGCCGUGAUCAAAUGAGAGAAGUUUGCAAAAGGCAAGCAAAACACUUCAAAGCUUAGUUUAUAACAGCCUAACAAUACUAUGCUGUUUAUCUACUAAACCCUUUUGAAAGUUUACUUUGAGGGUAACGCCAAAAUAGUUCAGAAUUAACUAUUAUGGCUGAGAAUGUCGGAGAUAAUUUUAAUCUCUUUCAUCCUUGGAAGUUGUAUUGGGCCUUUAGGUAUAGGUAAAUGCAAGAUUUUUUCUUGUAUGUCAUUUAAAAACACCUUCUGUUAGCCUUAAUUUUAUUGUGCUUGUUAUGUACUGCAGGGUGGCCUAGUCAGCAUGCUAUCGUCAGCUAUAAAAUCUGGGACGCAUGUAAGAGAAAAGAUAGGAAAGUACAUAGCUGACUCUCAUCACCCUGUAGAAAGGUAAGUCAUGUAGUAAGUUCGGCCUUGCAUUUUGCCGUUUUGUAGUCUGUGAUUUUGUAAAUGCUUUAGUUACUGCUCAGUGUCCUUCGUUCAUUAGUGCUUUCGUUACAACCGUUAUGAUUGCUUGUUAGACGCAAGUUUUUUAAGGAAGCAGGUCAAAUCAGCUUUGACUGAUUGUACCGUUACCUCCAUAUUCACCUUAGUUACUCUUGUCAACGUUAGCCCGUUAUUUUGAAUAAAUAACAAUGUUUGUUGCACACAGUGUUUUGCUAUAAAUGCAUGGUUUCUUGUCUGGAAGAUUCAUUUUGGUCUGACGGUAUUUUGAAGUAAAUUGUAUUUCUUUGAACAGACAUGUUAGUGAUAAAGAUAAACAAAGCAAACUCUACAGAAAUGUGCAGCCAGUUUUCAGUAUUGAUGAUGAGGAUGAUGAAGGCGGUACGUUAUUACAUGUAUAUUCAAGUUAUGUAGUGAGAGAGGUUGAGAGACGAAGCUCAUUGACUGACUUGAGUUUGUUGAUAGCCAGCAACGCACCAUGGUCUUGUAUAUGUUACUUAAUUCCCCCAAAACAUUUGAUGAACUUUACAUGAAAGCAUUGAUCUACCCUCCCUUAUACGAGUUCUAGCAUUGUACUGGAGUAUUGAGAAGCGUGUCGUACAUACAGACACAGUCGCACAUCACCAAAAAAAUGCUAUACUUUAUAUCCUUAAAAUAUGAGUUUGGAUAGAGUGCGAGCCAGCGAGCCAUGCGAGCCAUGCGAGUCAUACAAGCGAGCCAUGCGAGCCAUGCGAGCCAUGGCAGCGAGCCAUGCGAGCCAUGGCAGCGAGCCAUGCGAGCCAUCUGAAAACCUAUCUACACGAACGAUGAAACCAUAUCGUUUUCAAAAAGCGCAAAGCGUUUCUAACACGUUUCUAAAUCCUUUCUCUUGAUUACGUGGUAUGCCACUUUUAAAAAACUUCAAGAAAAGACAGUUAAGGUUUUAACACCAGAAUUUAAAGCAUUAAAUAUAUUUUUGUUCGUACAGAAACAAUGACAACAAGAACAUAAUAUUAUAUUUCUACUUGCUUAAGGGGGGAGACCCUUGAUUCCUUGAUUCGACUGAACUGGAUUGUCCAAAAGGAUCGAAGAUUUUUUGAAGAUCCGGCCACGAGCUAGCCUGCGUAGCACUAACCAAUUUUUGUCGGCCAAUAUCCGAUGACCGACUGUUAUUUGCAGCCCUGCACAUGCAAGCUUUCUGACUACUUCCACGAUAACUACGUGAAGCUCAAUUUUACAAUAAAAAUAGAAACGUAUGGUUCCCUGCCAAAUUUGAGCUUUUAAAAUUGAACCGUUUGGAACUGUUGACAAAAUACCCAGAAUUAGGGUUGUUAUAGCUGUAGCCAGUACAUUGAAGUGCCUUAGUUUAGUAAAACAUUGUUUUACCAAAAGAAAAUGAAACAACUUUUAUCUUGGAUAAACGGUUCAUUUUCAGUAGGCUUUUGUAUAACUUGAAGUGUUGUUUUGAUGUAGAUAAUUACAGUGCCAGUUCAGAGGAGGAGUCACGAAAGGAGGCAGUAAACAUUAAUACAUGGCUUCAACGCAAGGAUGUUGUAUCAUCCUAUAAAUGUAAUCAAAUUCUGCGCAAUGGCUUCCUAGCACCAAGGUAAAUCAUCUUUUAACAUGUCAGUUAAGUGAAAACGAUAAUUGGCUGACUGUUCACAGUCCUCUAUUUUUCCGUAAGAUCGUCAGGAUCGAGCGCUUAUCCGUAGGGGCGGCCGUCUCGGUUUAUAUGUACCGAGAGCAUGGGGGUUGGGGCGUCCCCCGCUCCCUAAGUAGAUUUGACACUCAUCGCAUCCAAGAUGGCCGCCUGCAACCCAAAGCGCUCGAUUUCGACGAUCUUACGGAAAAAUAGGGGACUGUAAACAGUCUAGAUGUAUUCAUGGUACUAUCAUCGUCAGAGACCCAGUGAAGGCCACUUGGGUCGGGAGAAAAGGCGCGCCUUUUCUUCCGACCUAACGGACUGUCCCUUGUUCUCUGGUACUAGUAGUAUUACAGAUGGUUUAGGAAAAAGUAAAUCAUCACCAUCAUCAUCAUCAGGGUUUGUAUUCACUCUUGACGGAGGAACCCCAUCCCUGGAUUGAUCCCACAGGUGUCUGCAGAGCUUGGCUAAUCUUCACCAUACGGGUCCAAACUGUCUGGUGAGAUCGUCUCUCCAUCUUGUUUUUGGACGACCCUGUUUUCUGGUCGAAUCUCUUGGGGGUCACUCUGUUGCUCUGAUUGUCCAACGGUUAUCACAUAUCCAAGCGAUGUGACUUGCUCAUCUAUGCUUUGCUUUCCUGAUAGCGUUGAUGAUAUCGCUUACGCCAGUUUCUUGACGGAUCCAGGUGUUUCACUUUCGAUCUCGAAGGGUAAUGCCUAGCAUGAUGCAUUCCAUCUUACGCCUUGCGACCGCAAGCCUAUCCAUCAUAGUGUUGUUCAAUGCCCAUGUCUCGCAGCCAUAUGUCAUUACUUGUAAAUAACAUUGACUAAAAAAAUCAAUUUACUAAAUCAAUAAUCGCAACAAAAACAGCUGCAAGAAUUUACAAAUGGUAGUUCUUGUCCGUGCCUCCCGGCUCAUGACAGAGUCAUUCACUCACUAACUGUCCCGUGGCCGAGUUAGUCGAGCUCUAGUCUCGCGUCGCGAGUUCAAGCCGCAUCCUAACCGCUCGACGGAUUUGUUCUCUGUAUUCUCGUGUUCAACUCCUGGGUUACGCUUUUAUAUGACCAAUUGGUUUGUCUCCGUCCAGUUAGAUUUCUUGCCUGUUAUGUUUGUGCAAUGCAAAUAACUAACUUCAUCUCAGUCGCCAAAAAUCUAUUCCAAAUUAUUAAAAUCCAACUAGUGGUCUAUUAUCGAUGCUGCCUUCUGAUUGGUUGAGCUACUACUUGGCUAUAUGUUAUAUCCCACUAGUAGCGAAAAGCGCGCGCUUUUUGGCGGAAAAAAAGGAUUAAAGUCUGGCUUUAACUAGCUAAAAUUUCUUUAUUCUCGAUAUUUUUGACCAACUAGUUGGAUUUUACUAAACUAAUUAUUCCUCUCGCCGUUAUGGGUUCUGAGUCAAUAGCCCAUUCGGUCUUCGGCCUCAUGGGCUAUUGACUCAGAGCCCAUUCGGGCACGUCACAUUUGAAUAUAUUAUAAAAAAUUGAAAUUAAACAUUUAAAAGAAAGAACAAGACUUCAAAAAGGUGAUUUUCCAGUGGUUUUUGUAGGCACUGAUGAAAGAAAACAGAGAUUUACCGGUGUCUAACAAAUCUGCGUUUAACAAACUCCAAUAGUUAAUCGUAGUAAUCAUAACCCAUACCGGCAAUUCAGAUUACUACCAUACUAUCACGAAUUCUGCAAUCUAAUUGGCCAACGUACUCUUUAUCUAUUCCGUGAUAGCUGGCGAGUAGCUGGCUUUUGGAACGAACAAUUGCAGUUUAUUCAACUACAUAGUUUUGGCAAUGUUUUGGAGAAAGAAGUAGAUAGACUAAUUCAUGAUAAAUGCUAUCCCAGAAAAAUGCUGAAGCUGUCACAAAAUACGGAAUGAACAUUUUUAGUGGUUAGAAAAAAAUUAAAAUUUAAUUUUAUAAAAGUUGUAUAUUUGUGACAAACAAACAAUAUUUUCGUAAUUCAAGUUGUGUUAGCAAUACCCUGCUAGCAGAAGUUUCUUUUUCGGCAUCAUUUUCGGUAUUUACAAAGUGGUUCACGUCGCUGACAUUCGCUACGACUCUACACAUGUUAAAAGUUAUAGCGGAAAGAAACCUCUGCUCACAGUGUAUGUAAACAAACGUUUUUCUGGAGUCGAGUAGUAUGCUGGUUGGUUUCUACCGCUCUCGUUUUCUAAGAGUAAAAUAGUCAACUCAGCGCUUCGCGCCUCGAUGACUCUUGAACGCGAAGCACCCGCCCGGUAUUAAGGAGGUCAUUGGUGUUACUUCCGCUGGACAGUAUAACGUUUUUAUGUUGCACCUCCUUGACUUAACGAUAAAGUUUAUUAGUUACACAUUACAAGCUGCGACAUUUAGUCGGACGACUGCGCUUAUUCCUGGGCGACCAUGAAAGAGCGCAACAUAAGUCUGGUAUCGGCAGCUUAUAUUCUGAAUCCAUAUCUCACUUAUUUUGUUGCUUUUCUUUGUUACAGCUACAUUCUACUUACAGACGUUCAGAUGUUUAUUUUACGAGAGAUUCCUAAGAGAGAUGGCUGGGCUUACAUUCAACAGAGACAUCACCUGACCUCUGUAGUAAAAAUCACUUCUAAAAGACGGCAUCCCGACUUAAUAACCUUCAAAUAUGGAACAAGCGAUGGCGAAAACCUUCAUGUCUCUGAGACGGAGAGAUAUAUUAUUCCAAAUGCAAGGAAAGCAACUCAGAAAAUCAAAGAUAGAAUAGUUUCGUUAAUUGGGGAUGAAUAGUAUUAAUAGUCCUUAACAGUAUAAAAAAUGUCUAAUUUAUAAGCUGAUUUUAUUUCAGCCAUUUUUGUGAAAAGUAUGUGGAAGUGUAGCUAUAUUGUUUUCAGUUUGAAAACAUACAUACAUA